AUGGAAGAAGACAAUCCGUAUGCAUCGAUGAUGGACGCGUCGGGGCGAGUGCCCGUUUUCGUUUUCCCCGGUGAAGCCGAAUUUGUGGUGGGGACCUCGGCGAAAGACGAUCCUCAUCCAAAUCGGAAAUGUUUCACCUUGUACAAUCCUUUUGAUUAUCCGAUUUCCUAUAGAAUUUUAUGCACAGCGGCUCACAACUACACGGUUCCUGACAAUGAAGGGACUUUGAGAGAGCGAUGUCAAAAGGAUAUUGUGAUUCGCUGUAAACAACGGCUUCAAGUUGGGCAAAUUGACAAGCUUCGAUUCGAGACACGACGACUUGGCGAGCGAGAGCUUCUCGGUUGUAAAGACAUUCGAUUACGAACUGUUCUGGAAGCCUCAUCUUCCACGACUUCGAAUGAAUUUCAAUCUUUACCCAAUGAUCGAUCGAAAAGAAAAGAACCAACGGUGCAUAUUGAUCCAAAGGAUCCAUCCAAUCAACCCCAGUCGCCCAGUCCCCAGAAUCAAUUGUUCUGUAUUCUAACGGGAAUUGUCUGUGCUUGUGCCCUUCUUGUGCCCACAAUUGGAGACACCAAUUCGGGAUCUUCUCUCAUUCCAUCAUGGGUCCAUCUGACACUGCAACAAAAGCUUGUCGCUGCGUACAUUUUAGGCAUUGUCACCAUUUUGGUUCUUCGUCCUCAAUUG